AUGGGUCAGCCCGCCGUACAGAAGACACCUCAUUUCAUAUUGGAAGGAGAGGGAGACCGCGUUCUUAGUAAGAAGAAGUUAGACGAACUGGUUCGACAAGUCACUGGCGGCGGCGAGGGCGAUGGUCUCACACCAGAUGUUGAAGAAUCCGUGCUCACCCUGGCCGAUGACUUUGUCGACAGCAUCAUUACCGCUGCUUGCCGCUUGGCCAAGAUCAGACCCAACUCGACUCUGGACAUUCGCGACAUCCAGAUCAUCCUCGAGCGCAACUACAACAUUCGCGUUCCUGGCUACUCGCUUGACGAAGUCCGCACUGUGCGCAAGUUCCAGCCCGCACCCGGAUGGACUCAGAAGAUGAACGCCGUGCAAGCCGCCAAGGUUAUGGGCAAGAACGACGCUUAG